GUAGGGGCCUUCUAAGAUCAAAUUUUUCACGAUAAUUAGUACCUACUUCAUCAAAAGGAGCAUUACUCCAUAAACAUUGAAUAUUCUUCCUAAUUUUACUAAUUUAUAAGCCUCUGUAAAUGGUAUAGGCUUUCAUUGUUCUGAGUUCCGUGCUGGAUCUUGCAGGACCUCUAAAAACCAGCAGCAGAAACAAAACCUGUAGCAGAGCUUCUGCAGUAUAACCAUGGCCUUGUCAGUUCUGCGCGGCCUGGCGGUGUCCCGGGCGGCCCCUGCCAUCGCCAGGCCCCUGGCUGCUGUUACCUCUCCCUCCGUCCAGCCGACGGCCCUGCAGCAGCGGCGAGAGGCCACCUCAGAAGCCGUGGUGCCGCAGAAGCACAAGCCCUACUCGCCGUUCCAGAACCUCAACAAUAAGGCCGAGUACGCGGUGGCUCGGCUGGACGACCUGCUCAACUGGGGCAGAAAGGGCUCGCUGUGGCCGCUGACGUUCGGCCUGGCUUGCUGCGCCGUGGAGAUGAUGCACAUCGCGGCGCCGCGCUACGACAUGGAUCGGUACGGCGUGGUAUUCCGCGCCUCCCCCCGCCAGGCCGACGUCAUCAUCGUCUCGGGCACGCUCACCAACAAAAUGGCGCCCGCCUUCCGCAAAAUCUACGAUCAGAUGCCGGAGCCGCGCUGGGUGAUCUCGAUGGGCAGCUGCGCCAACGGCGGCGGCUACUACCACUACUCGUACGCGGUGGUGCGCGGCUGUGACCGCAUCGUACCCGUCGACAUCUACGUGCCAGGCUGUCCGCCGACCGCCGAGGCGCUGAUGUACGGCAUCCUCCAGCUGCAGAAGAAGGUGAAGCGGAUGAAGACGGUGCAGAUGUGGUACAGGAAGUAGGCGCGCCUUGCUACAGGGCGGUGUGAAUCACUAGAACAUGUUGUAAAUACAGGGCGAUGUCGGGUGCUGCCGUUUUCGGGCGCCGGUGUCGCGUGUCACGGCGGAGUGUUGUGACGCUGUACGAACUGGAUACUGGGUAUGUGUACCGGGCGUAGUGCGGGGAGCGUCUCGACGAGAACGCGGCGACCUCCUCAGCAGAAUACAUGGCCCGUCCAACA